UGGUGCUGCAGUGGAUGAGCCCGCAAUUGUUUGUGUCGGUCAGGUUGAUUCUAUGUCCAUUUUGUAUUUUAGCAGGACUGUUAGCCGUUAGCAUUGCAGUGUGUUCAUAUUAAAUGGGAGCGUUUACAAAGUACAUCAUUGCAUAAUGGCUUUCUACGAAGUAUAUUCUCAUCCGGCUUUGAUCCGGUAUAGAAGCAGCGUGUGCACCAAAGCCACGCUGUUUGCUGUGGUGGCCCUGUGCCUCACCUACAUCCCUCCUCUGCUUGUAGCCUACAGAAGCCAAGGUUUUUGGUUGAAAACGAGCACAUACGAGGAGCAGCCGGUGGUGCGGUUCCAGUACGAGGCGAUAUUGAUUGCCACCACCAGUGCUCAGGGGGAGUAUGUGGCCUGGAGUACAUUUCCUCACUUCAACCACCUGGUGGGGGCCCGUCUACGCAUCCCCGCGCUGUCGGUGAGAGAGGAGGAUGACAAUCAGGAUGGGAAGCUUGACCGUCUGCUACUGGAGAUGCAGCUGCCCCUGAGAGUGGAGGAGCAGCUCUACAGCCUCCAACUCCUGCUCACGUUUAGCUACCAGCUCUUUCGCAUGUCGACUGUGGCCAUGCAGAGUUUGGCCUGUGUGCACUACUCUUCUGCAGUCCCUGGGGCACAGCUGUUCAUCAGUGGAGACCUGCGGCUGCAACAGAGGGCUCCUCUACCUCAUCGUGGGCUCUACAACAUCUACAAUGUCUCUGUGAUUGACAGCUCUAGCCCGUUUGCAAGUGCCUAUGAGUUUGAUGACAUAAUCCGAAAGUACCAGCAAAGAAACUUGACCACCCUUCUGUCCACUGCGAUGCCCGUGUGGAAGCCUGGACGAGCCCCCACUGCCCCUUUCAUGCUCCGUGCCGAGAUCCACUACUCCACCGAGACAAUUACAUACCGACCUGGCUUCUGGGAAACCAUCAAGUUUGCCUGGAUCCAGUACGUGAGCGUGCUGCUGGUGUUUCUCUGGGUGUUCCAGCGCAUCCAGACCUUUGUGUUUGAGAAGCAGCUCUUGACCACUGUACCAGGGGAACCAGCCCACCACCACAAACUGCACUGAGGAGACCUAUCAGAGAGCACAUGCUGAGGGCCAACACUC